AGCGCCAUCUUUGCAACCGGUGUUGUCUCGUGCGUGCCACAGUAGCACGCGCCGUUCGUCUCUUUACCCCGAAAGAAGACAUUCAGCGUUUAUUAACGCGUUAUAGUGUGACUGUCGCAUCGGCGAGAGUGAGGUCUAGACCUCCUCUUUUCCUGUAGAUCUGCGUCGCCUGCGUGCAAGGACAAUCCAGACAAAUGGCCGACAAGAACACCAGAAUCGCUAUCGUGAACCACGACAAGUGUAAACCCAAGAAAUGCCGUCAAGAGUGCAAGAAGAGCUGUCCUGUGGUGCGCAUGGGUAAACUAUGUAUUGAAGUCACACCACAGAGUAAGAUCGUCUGGAUCUCUGAGUCUCUUUGCAUCGGUUGUGGAAUAUGUAUCAAGAAAUGCCCAUUUGGUGCUCUGUCGAUCGUCAACCUUCCAAGCAACCUGGAGAAGGAAACGACCCACAGAUACUGUGCCAAUUCCUUCAAACUUCACAGGCUGCCCAUCCCUCGUCCAGGAGAAGUGCUGGGGCUUGUGGGCACUAACGGUAUUGGGAAAUCCACUGCUCUCAAAAUCCUGGCGGGAAAACAGAAACCAAACUUGGGACGAUUUGAUGCUCCGCCUGACUGGCAGGAGAUCCUGACGUAUUUCCGUGGCUCUGAGCUGCAGAACUACUUCACCAAGAUCCUGGAGGACGACCUGAAGGCCAUUGUUAAACCGCAGUAUGUCGAUCAGAUCCCCAAAACCGUAAAGGGGUCAGUAGGGGCCAUCCUGAGCAGGAAGGACGACACCAAAUCAGAGGAGCUGGUGUGUGAACAGCUGGAUCUGUUGCAUUUGCGUGAGCGUAAUGUUGAGGACCUAUCAGGAGGAGAGCUGCAGAGAUUCGCCUGCGCAGUCGUCUGCAUUCAGAGAGCUGAUAUUUUCAUGUUUGACGAGCCGUCCAGUUAUCUCGACGUGAAACAGAGGCUGAGAGCUGCUAUCACCAUCCGCUCCCUCAUCUCUCCAGACAGGUACAUCAUUGUUGUGGAGCAUGACUUGAGCGUGUUGGAUUACCUGUCAGACUUCAUCUGCUGUCUGUAUGGAGUGCCCAGCGCUUAUGGAGUAGUCACCAUGCCCUUCAGCGUCCGAGAAGGAAUUAAUAUCUUCCUGGAUGGCUACGUGCCGACAGAGAACCUGCGCUUCAGAGAGACGUCCCUGGUGUUUAAAGUGGCAGAGACGGCCGCUGAAGAGGAAGUGAAGAAAAUGUGUCGCUAUCAGUAUCCCAACAUGAAGAAGAGUAUGGGAGAGUUCACCCUCGGCAUCACAGAGGGAGAGUUUACAGACUCCGAGAUCAUGGUCAUGCUCGGAGAGAACGGAACUGGGAAGACCACGUUCAUCAGAAUGCUUGCUGGAGGCCUGAAACCAGAUGGAGGAGGUGAUGUGCCCAUCCUGAACGUGAGCUACAAACCACAGAAGAUCAGCCCGAAGUUUAAAGGCAGUGUACGAGCACUUCUACACGAUAAGAUCAGAGACGCAUACACGCACCCUCAGUUCGUCACUGAUGUUAUGAAGCCCAUGCAGAUAGAGAGCAUCAUCGACCAGGACGUUCAGAAUCUGUCUGGUGGUGAGCUGCAGCGUGUCGCCUUGACUCUGUGUUUAGGGAAACCAGCAGAUGUGUAUCUGAUCGACGAGCCGUCUGCCUAUCUGGACUCUGAGCAGCGUCUGAUGGCUGCCAGGGUUAUCAAACGAUUCAUCCUUCAUGCCAAGAAGACGGCAUUUGUGGUGGAGCACGACUUCAUCAUGGCCACUUACCUGGCGGACCGUGUCAUCGUCUUCGACGGAAUUCCCUCCAGAAACACUAUGGCAAAUGCUCCACAGAACCUGUUGGCUGGCAUGAAUAAGUUUUUAUCACAGCUGGAGAUCACGUUCAGGAGAGACCCCAACAACUUCAGACCAAGAAUCAACAAACUAAAUUCCAUUAAGGAUGUGGAACAAAAGAAGAGUGGAAACUACUUCUUCCUGGAUGACUGAUUUGACAGAAUUCCAGAAACUUCCCCUUCCCACAGGGUAACUGCUCUAUGACAUCAAGCCAACAAACGCUGGCACUGUGGACUUAAAUGUUUGACUGAACUAUCGCCACCAUUGCUCUGCCCACUGGGUCCACUUUAAACAUAUAGUUCUGUUCCUCUUUGGUAUUGGCAUGAUUCAACAACAGUCAAGAUGGAUCAUCUUGGUUUUAGUCAGAUCCUUUUAGGUGAACGUAAGGCUCAUUAUGCAAAGCAGGAAGGCAUUAAUUUGAGAAUAAAAUCUGAAAAUACAAAAACUUCUGUGUGAAUUGUCAUUAACAGAGUCAAAGUGGUGUGGAAGAAUUCAAACAUGCAACUGUAUAUUUUGAAUAAAAUGUUUUAAUCAUGUUACAUAUUAAACAACUGCUUAACCGAGAUUCAAGAGUCUUGUGAAGAUGCAACUAAAAUAUUAAAACAACUCGCACUACUCUGUUGUAUCAAAGACACUUGGGUCAAUGAUAUUGGAUGACAUCUGUGCUGUGAGAUUGUUUUGGAAUAAACUGACUUAAAGACAGUGGAGAAAUAUUAUUUGGCUUUUAUUUUUUGUUGUCCGUGUAAAAAGUACAUCUUUGGAUCAGCGAAUGUACUGUUAAUAGGCACACUGUCAACAUUAAGGCCAACGAUGCCCUCAGUUGAAGCUCAAAGUAGUGGUUCCCAACCCUGUCCCUGGAGGCCCCUAAACGCUACACAUUUUGGAUAUCUCCCAAAUUAAACAUGCCCGAUUCAACUUAAGGGACAGGAACCACUGAUCUAAAGGAUUGCCAUAAACCAAAU